GAGUGGGUGGGGAGCUUUAAGAGCGUCUGCCUGCUUGCAGUCCCCCAUCAAAGCGACGCUCAGCAGCAGCAGCAGCAGGAGGAGGAGGAGGAGGAGGAGAAACGAGCGCAUCACAAAGUUUGAUCAGCUGCAGCGGACACACGAAGCGGACACCUUACCGGCCCUGAUCUGCAGCAGGACUUCCAGCAUCCAGUGCUGUUCCCCCUCAGAGAUACAGAAUUGACUCCCUCAGAGCUUUCCCCUGGUGGCAGUGAGACACACUGAUGCUUCAGGCUGUCAGCGAGAGUGACACAAACAACCAAGAGAGAAGACGGGCCAGGAUUGAGACUAAAUAGAAAGAAGGCCCUUCCUCCUCCUCCUCCUCCUCCUCCUCCUCGUCCUCCUCCCCCCCAAUGUCUGAUCCUGCUUGUUGUUUUGGGAGAAACGUGCAGUCCACUGUGCAGCAGACGACCCUAUCAGAGGAGACUUUCUGCUUAGCAGCUGUAUCUAAAUCAGGCCUCAUUGUGUUUAGGGGGUGAGUUCAAAGGAGCUGCAGUUGCGCGCUGGUUGCUUGGCUGAACCAGGAACAUCCGAUGACACCACGUCUGGUAACCAUCCCGUGUCUGCUGAAGACUGUUGGAACAGCCCCAUAAAAAGAAUCUGCAUUCACUAGACCGGAUCAGGCCACUUUAUAUUUAUAGCAAUUUAACAAACACAAAUUCACCUUCUCAGAACCUUCAGACUCAUUUUCUACCUCUUGUUGUUGCUCUGCUUGUCAAGAGAGGCAGGUUUUGAAGAGACCACCCCAACUUAUUUGAGCGCUUGACAGCUCUGACCCAAUUAUCACGCUCCUGUAAGCAAAAGGGAAUACUUUGCAUUUAGCAGGCGCCAUCGGCCCUGUUUUAUAUUCAAGGCCAUUGAUCCACUGACCUCCUGCUCCAAUUAGCCACACGCGUGUACACACACAGACACACACCUGGUGUUGCUGGCCUCUGCAGAUGCUUCAGAUGGUCUUGUGUGUUUGUAACACCUGGGUCUGGCUCACACACUUAAACAGCUAUAUCCAUUUGGGUGUCAGAAGUCCAUCUGCACACUAUUAACUCCCAUCGAGAACACUGACCUUGACUGCGAUCAGACGCAUGUCUGUGGGUUUGCAUGAGCAGGAGGCCGUGUAACAUCCUGUCUGCUCUGAUUGAGAGCGAGAAUGAGAGCUGAUGUGGCAGAGUGGCCCUGAUAAAUACUCUAAAAACAUUACCGCCUGAGGGACGGCCACUCAAAUAAGAAAGCCAUAGAGCUUCAUUACACUGUUUAGUCAGUUCCUCAAAAUGUGUGACACUAAAAAAAUAGUCCAUAUUAAUUGAAAAGUGUGUGUGUAUGUGUCUGUCACGUUGUCAGAGCAGAUUAGGACUAGGCCUUUCUGGGUCAUGUCUCUUUGAUGGGGCUAUAUUUGACUAAAUAACCUGUCCAGCAGAGGAAUGAUCUGAAUGCACACAUCGUGGACAAGUACGUGACUCUCUCUGGCCUACAGACUGCUCUGUGGUCUUUUUACUUGUUAACUGUCUGUUAACUUUUCUUGGGGCCACAUACUUUUCAACUAACAGCAAGAGUUUCUAACAUAAAACCAAAACAGUUUGGCCUGUCCUGCUGCAUCACAACACCUCAUGAGCACCUUCCCUUCCUUCUCUGCACUUCCUCCCAGUACACCAACCAUCCAGUCAGUGUGUAAGCCCUGCCUUCGGGCCCCGUGGAGGAUGAACGAUGUGCCCACACUUGACUACGAGUUGCUGCUGUCACCGGCCAGCUCCUCGCUCCCUGGCAGCCAUGGCGGUGGCAGCAGCAGCCCCCCUCUGGCCUUGGUUGGCGUGGACAAUGAGCAGCGCACCGCCUUGGCCUUCGUAGGCCUCCUCAUGCUCUUCCUGGUCUUCCUGCUGGUCAGGUGUUUCAGGAUUCUGCUUGACCCCUACAGCCGCAUGCCUGCAUCAUCCUGGACUGACCACAAGGAGGGGCUAGAGAGGGGCCAGUUUGAUUAUGCACUGGUGUAGGGUGUGUGUCUAAAGAUUGGAUAGAAAUGGAGAUAUUUCAUUGCACAUAGACACAGUGUUUAAGAGCAUUGACUAAUUUAGACGUGGAAAUGGAGUAUACCAAUGAAUAAUGUGAAUGCACUCUGAGGGGAGGUUUAUCUAAUGUUGGAGUAUCCUUGGUGUAUGUCACUGUAUUGCUGCCUGUGUAGUGGUGUAAAUAUGAGCCUGCAGAUUGCCAUGUGAUCACAACAAGUUCAACAACAAGCAGGCAGACAUGUGGAAUCCCUGUGAGACAAACACUCACUCAGACCCAAAUGCUGGACCACGAAUGACAGAAAUAAUGAGCUGCACAGCUGCCUUAACCUGACCUACCGUACUAGUCAAACAUACUACCACAUAAAAUCACCUUAGGGCUAGGUUUUCCAAACUCCAGAGCUUCUCAGUAUUAAGACACAAUAUGAUUUUCUGGAAAGACCACAUGCACUCACCACAUAGUGUGUAGUUAAGUGAAGGAGGUCACACUCAAGCAGAUGCCCCUUUAAUGAACCAGUGUCUGUUGUAAUGCAUCCAGGUGUUAAGUGCUGACCAAGGAGCACAAAUCUCCACAUUUGCGUUGAUCCUCGAGCAGCACUGCGGUUUCAGAUGCUUUUUAAGGCAGGUAGUUUGUGUCUCCAUAAAAUCUUGUCUGUGUAUGUUUUGUGUGUCGAUAACAAAGAAGCCAUAUUGAAACUAUAUAAUCUCUUAUUACUGCAAGUAGAGUUUAUGUUCACUGGUUGUGCGCUUUGCUUUAGUCAGCCUUCCGAGUGUGGUGAUGAAGCAAACAGCAACCUUUAGGCAAAAGAAAGCUUUAUUUUUCUAUUCCUGACUCAAGUUUGGGAGUCUCCUUUUUGCUAUCUUUCUGUCCUCUUCCUCUUAUUGUAUCAAUCUUUAGACUGUGGAUUUUUGGGGUAGUCAUGCAGCCACGUCUUAGAAGGCAAAGCAGGUAGCUUUGUUUUUUUGUGUGUUUUUAAUUACAUAUUUUUCUGACUAUCUGCUUUGUUUUUGAUACAAUGGGUUGAUUCAGUGAAAAUAAAAAGGGAUUUUCUUUUUUUUCAGUCCACCGAUAGCUGGACUGCUUGGAAAGUCCACAUUGUUCAAUGUUGGAAAUUAAAUAAAUUGAUUACUAUUUAUCUGUCA